CAUGAACAUUAACCCGAAAAUAUGUGUCUUAUGACCUUGAGCUAAACCCUGCACCCUUUCUUCCCUUCUACCCUUUCAGAAUCGUCACUGCGGUGCUAUGGCCACAGAAACACUGCCAGCCGCCGCCGUCACCGGCGGUAAUGUGACAAGAGGCACAGUGGAGAAAGCUGUUACCGCUUUGCUCAAAUGGAAGGAUGCACAGUUGAAGGAACAAGCGCCGAAGCUACUACCACAAGACGAGUUCAUCUACCUCACCAUCACCCUCAAGAAAGUCCCUCCGAUGGCUCGAACCAAUGCCUUCCGAGUCGCCCUACCACACCCCCUCCACGAACAAUCAUCCGAGCGCUGUCUUAUCAUCGACGACCGGUCCAAUUCCAACCUGACUUCAGCAGAAGCGAAGAAGAUAAUCAAGUCUCAGGAUGUACCCAUAAGCAAAGUCCUGAAGCUCUCAAAGCUGAGAACAGAUUAUAAGGCUUAUGAGGCAAAAAGGAAACUUUGCGGUUCCUACGACGUGUUCUUGGUGGACAAGAGGAUCGUUCACUUCCUUCCGAAGCUUCUGGGAAAGAUCUUUUUCAAGAAAAAGAAGCUGCCUUUGCCUGUAGACUUGACGAAGAAGAACUGGAAGGUUCAGGUUGAGAGGGCCUGCGGGUCGGGCUUGUUUUAUCUUUCCACAGGGACCUGUAGUGUGAUGAAGGUCGGGAAGCUGUCAAUGGAGAAUGGUGAGGUUGUUGACAAUGUGUUGGAAGCCAUUUAUGGUGUUGUUGGCUUUGUUCCCAAGGGAUGGGGUGGCCUGAGGAGCUUUCACUUGAGAUUAACUGGUUCUCUUGCAUUGCCUUUGUAUCAAGCACUGCCCGACCUGAAGCUCAAAAUUACGGGGGUAAAGGAGGUUGAGGGUGAAGGCAAUCUUGAGACUAAGGAGGCUGGCAGAACCCCUGAGACAGGCAAGAAAAAGAGGAAAGGGAGGCUCAGUGCAGUGCGGUAUAUGGAUGCUGAAAUAGGUGAAAUCAAAUCAGAGAGUGAUGGUGACAAUGUUGAGGAUGAUAUCCAAAAGGAUAAUACAGAUUUAGAUGCUAAUGAGGGAAAUGUGGAAGGAGAAAGUGAUGUUGAUAGUGAGGAAAAUGAGGGUGGGAAUGGAAAGGAGGAAGAAGAGUAUGAUUUGGUUCCUACUAAGCUUAAAGCCAAGAAAGACCAGAAGGCAAAAUCUCAGAAAGGCCAUCUUUUGAAUGGCCAAAAAACGAGAAAGAAAGUGAAAAGGGGGGAUGACACAGAGGAUAAGAAACAGAAGGAAAAGAUGACGUCUUCCCUGAAGGCUAAAGAUGAAUCAGUUGUGAAGAAGGGAAAGCGAAAGAGUGUGGUUGGGAUGAAGUCCAAAGAAGAGGUGAUCAAGCCAAAGAGCAAGAGAAACAAGAAGAGUGAGUGAGCGAGCAGAAUGUGGGCUUUGCUCAAAGAUUUUGUUGUAAUGGCAGAUUCAAAACCUCUCUUACUGUCAUUGUUGUUCUAUUACAGUUUUGCCUUUUCCUGCGUUUAGGUUCUUAUAAUUAUCAUCAUCCUGUUAUUGGCUUUCAAUCUUAAUAUUGAUCAAUGUGUGGAAUUCGUGUGCUGUCUAGUUCCAUGACCUUUCUACAUGUUGCUUAUUAUUAACAGUCAUGUUGUAACUUUUUGAUCACUCUCUAUUUCUCAGUUUUGCUUUUGUUUCUUUGUCACUAUGGUUUAGUCAUUCAUACCCUAGCUGGAUAUUACAUGUGGAUGUUGCUGUUUAACUCCAAAAUUCCCA